CUUGCUGCUGCUUUAUUUAUAGAUGGACAAGUCUGGAUUUCAUCCUCGACAAUUAGCUUGAAAAUGUAGUCAGAGUACUUCUCUCAUAAAGAUUCAGAAAGUUAGAGAGAGAGAGUAUCAUUGAGAUCUGUGUCCCCGUUCCGUUGGCUUAACGAAGAAGCUAAAUUUUGUUUCUGUUAAUUUUUACGAGUGCUACUACUAUACUUUACUGGCGAAUCCAUAGCUUUUCUCUCUCUCUCUCCUCUCCAAAUUCUCUCGUGAAGAAGAAGAAAUGCCGUUAAAUUACAACAGAGAGGAAUGAAUAUAAAGCCCCUACCAUUGAUUGUUGCUUUCGUUCCACCGGAGUUUUAAUGCCGCAAGUCCCUGCUCGCAUUCCCUAAGGAGUAAAGGGGAAAAUGUGGUAAUGUUUUAUGGCUGUACCAGGGGAACAAGAAGUAUUGCUGAGAUCCCACACCAAACAACUCUCCAUGAAGCUACUCUCUCCUUUUGCAGCAUUAACUUUUCUCUUAUUCCUGGUUUUCCUCCCCCAAACUAUUGCUAACCUGAAGUCAGACAAACAAAGUCUCCUUGACUUUGCUGAUUCUAUCCCUCAUGGCCGAAAACUCAACUGGAAUCCUGCUUCCCCAGUCUGCACCUCUUGGGUUGGAAUCACCUGCACCCCAAAUGGCACUCGAGUGAUUGCUCUCCGCCUCCCUGGUGUUGGACUCCGUGGUCCAAUUCCAGCCAACACCCUUGGAAAACUGGACGCGCUCACAAGCCUCAGUCUUCGAUCCAACCACCUCAGUGGGAGUCUUCCAUUGGAUAUCCUUUCCCUUCCUUCUCUCAACUACAUAUACCUCCAACAAAACAACCUUUCAGGUGAUAUUCCUUCUUCUUUCUCCCCCCGACUCAACGUGCUUGAUCUUUCCUUCAAUUCCUUCACAGGAAACAUUCCAAUCUCAAUUCACAAUUUGACUCAUCUCACUGGAUUGAGCCUUGAGAACAACUCCCUCAGUGGACUCAUCCCUGAUCUCAAACUUCUGAGGCUUCAGCAUUUGAACUUGAGCUACAACCACCUUAAUGGUUCAAUUCCAUCUUCCCUCCAAAAGUUUCCUAUUUCCUCUUUCCAAGGGAACUCUAUGUUAUGUGGCUCACCAUUGGACCGGUGCCCUUCUAUCCUCUCACCUUCUCCUUCUCCUUCACCAACUUACUUGCCACCUUCUCCUUCUCCAACUUACUUGCCACCUUCUCCUCUGCCAGCUUACUUGCCACCCUCACCAGUAGUCCCUAAAAAACAAAGAGCUAAAAAGAAAUUUACCGGGGUAAUUAUUGCUAUUGCUGCUGGGGUUCCUGCAGUGCUGAUCCUUCUAGUUCUGAUGAUAGUGCUAUGUUGUUUUAAGAAAAAAGAUAGUAGAAGUGGUGGAGAUGGUGGAAGGAUCAAGAAGCCUAAAGAGGAUUUCGGGAGUGGAGUGCAAGAGGCUGCAAAGAACAAAUUGAUUUUCUUCGAAGGAUGUUCUUUUAAUUUUGAUCUCGAGGAUUUGUUGCGAGCCUCUGCUGAAGUAUUGGGAAAGGGGAGUUAUGGGACAACCUAUAAGGCAAUAUUAGAGGAGGGAACAACUGUAGCUGUAAAGAGGUUGAAGGAAGUGGUGGUUGGUAAAAGAGACUUUGAACAACAGAUGGAGAUUGUGGGGAGGGUUGGUCAGCACCCAAAUGUUUCGCCCCUUCGUGCUUAUUUCUAUUCCAAGGAUGAGAAACUCCUGGUGUAUGACUACAUUAGAUUGGGAAGCCUGUCCACACAACUGCAUGGAAACAUGGUGACUGGAAGAACACUUGACUGGGAAUCGAGAGUAAAGAUUUCCCUCGGAACAGCAAGGGGUGUUGCUCAUAUCCAUUCUGCUGGUGGUGGGAAAUUCACCCAUGGAAACAUCAAGUCCUCCAAUGUCCUCCUCGCACAAGACCUCCACAGCUGCAUUUCGGACUUUGGCCUAACUCCACUCAUGGGCAUCCCUACUCUCCCACCUAAAACUGCAGGCUACCGAGCCCCAGAGGUAAUUGAAACUAAGAAAUCCACUCAGAAAUCAGAUGUUUACAGCUUUGGUGUUCUCCUCCUUGAGAUGCUGACAGGCAAGUCACCAGUCCAGUCACUGGGGCAUGAUGAUGUGGUUGAUCUCCCUCAGUGGGUCCAGUCCGUUGUUAGAGAGGAAUGGACAGCCGAAGUGUUUGAUGUUGAGCUGAUGAGGUAUGAGAAUAUUGAGGAAGAGAUGGUACAUAUGCUUCAGAUUGCAAUGGCCUGCGUGGAGGUGGUGCCAGACAUGAGGCCGAAAAUGAAUGAAGUUGUUAGGAUGAUCGAGGAAAUCCGGCCAUCUGACACUGGGAACAGGCCGUCAUUGGAAGAUAACAAGUUCAAAAGGGCGACUACUCACACACCUUGAUGGCAGUGGCAUUGCUGAUCCAUCAUAUUCUUAAGCUUUAACUGAACUGCUAGUCUUGAGCUCCUUUUUAGCCCGCAAAUGGAGUCAAAUUGUUUGUUUAAGUCCUCUCUCUCUCAGUGAACUGUGUCAAAACUUAUUGAUUGUUUUAGGAUUACGGUGUCACAGAAAUUGAGUACUCUUACUCCUUUUAUUGUUUACUUGUGUUUUAUAUUUCUUUAGAGCUUUGUAAUUCUUUAACAAGAAAAAAAUUUGAUGUUUGUUCGUAUAAAAAAAUAUGAGGUGAUGCCACCUUCCUUUAA